AUGCGGUCGUUCCAGAGCGCAGGCCGUGUGGCUUCUCGCUCAACCCAUGCGCUCCAAUGGCGCCCGGCUACACACGGAGCACCUGUCCACCGAUGUCUGCUGCAAUCCCGGCGAUUAAACAGCAUGCCAGGUCGAAAGCCAGCGAAGGACUCGAGUAAUCCACCAAUGUCGUUCCCGUGCCUUGAUGCUCAGGAGGCAAAGACCGCCAUGCUCAACUCUAGAUCGCUUGAAUCCGGCCCCGAGCCCUCAUACACCUCCGGCCAAACCGAGCGCUUCCACUGCGAUACUCCUCUUCUUCUGGAUUGGGGUGGUGUGCUUCCCGAGUUCGAUAUCGCAUACGAAUCCUGGGGCGAGUUGAACAGCGACAAGAGCAACGCCAUCCUCUUGCAUACCGGCUUGUCCGCAUCAAGCCACGCCCAUAGUACUGCCGCAAACCCCAAGCCGGGAUGGUGGGAGAAGUUCAUUGGUCCUGGUCUCCCGCUGGACACCGACAAAUACCAUAUUAUCUGCACCAACGUCCUCGGUGGCUGCUACGGUAGUACAGGACCCUCUUCAAAGGACCCAUCUGAUGGCGAAUGGUAUGCCACUCGCUUCCCUAUUCUUACGUUGGAUGACAUGGUCCGCGCCCAAUUCCGUCUGCUGGACAGCCUAGGCAUCCAGAAGCUAGCUGCAUCAGUCGGCUCCAGCAUGGGAGGCAUGCAGAGUCUUGCUGCAGGCACCCUUUUUCCAGAGCGCGUUGGCAAGAUCGUCAGCAUCAGCGGCUGCGCCCGCAGUCACCCCUACAGCAUCGCGAUGCGGCACACUCAGCGCCAAGUACUAAUGAUGGACCCUAACUGGAUGCGGGGCUUCUAUUACAACUCGAUUCCCCCGCACUCUGGAAUGAAGCUUGCCCGAGAGAUUGCCACCGUGACAUACCGCAGCGGACCCGAGUGGGAGAUGCGGUUUGGUCGUCGCCGCGCUGAUCCCAGCAAACCGCCUGCGCUGUGUCCCGAUUUCCUCAUCGAGACCUAUCUCGACCAUGCGGGCGAGAAGUUCUGUCUCGAAUACGAUCCUAACAGUCUACUUUAUGUCUCCAAGGCCAUGGACCUCUUCGACCUCGGCUACGAGCAUCAGUCUGCGGCUCGCGAACGCCGUGCAGGGUUCGAGCUUCGUAUUGCCCACGGCGAGGCCUCUUCCACUGUGACUGACCCAGCUUGCAGCUUAACCUUGCCGGAAAAGCCAUACGAGGAACAGCCUGAGGCCACUGCCUCGGUGACGCCGCUGAAUGAGACUGUGCCUUCUGGUGGCUCAGAAGGACCUCCUCUGGAUCUUAUCAAGGGCCUUGCACCCCUGAAGAACCACUCUGUCCUCGUCAUGGGGGUGGCCAGCGACAUCCUCUUCCCGGCGUGGCAGCAGCGUGAAAUUGCGGAAACUUUGCGUGCGGCUGGCAACAAGAAUGUGGAGCACCAUGAGCUCGGCGAAGAUGUCUCGAUGUUUGGGCAUGAUACUUUCCUCUUGGAUGUAAAAAAUGUCGGCGGUGCAUUGGGCAAGUUCCUGGCGUAG